AGGCUGGACUAUGUGGACGGUCAGAGCAUGCGACUGGAACAUGAACUCGUCGUUCUGCGACAAAAGGUGCUUGUGGCUCUGAGGCAUGCUACCAGUCUUCAAACACACAACCUGGCUAACCAAGAGCUUGAGGCUGAGCUCGUGAAAGUACAGCAACUGACGAAAGAUCUGCAGAGACGCAGAAUGGACCUUAGUCACCAGGUGAAAACCAUCACUGAAAGGACUUUCUCGAGCAGCCACUUGAACCACCUAUCAAGGGAACAGCUUCAGCAAAAUCAUGCAGGGAUUUCAGACUCUGGACGAGAGUAUUAUCCGCCAUUCAGUCACGUUCGUCGAGCCUCGUCCGGUAGCUUUCCCGAAAACAUCACCGAGAAACCCAGCGCAUUUGAUCCGUGGAUGAGACAUCAGCAACAACAUCAAAAUAUGCCCGGAGUUUGGAGAUACUCGGUGAGGAACAGACCGCACAGUUCGAGCCACGAAUCCCUCAUGAGCUACCAUCAACGGCAGAUGGCCCAGUGUGAGAAGACUACUGUGGCCUGGGCUAGGCCAGCUUCAGCGAUGGCCGCCCCGGUUGCGCGACAGGCUUUCAGUCCGUUUCCUCCGCCGCCGUAUCAACACGCGCCGCCGCCACCGCCGCCUUCUGUCGUUUCGCACCAGCGCGGGAAUGAAAACUAUCAUUCCGACAACGACCUUCACCUCAAGCAAUUUCAGGGGAUUCCAGCCAAGGAGCGGUCAUUGGAGAUCAAGACAGUGCGGUCGGUGAAACGCGAGAGCCAACAACGUCAAAAGGACCGCACUCGACGACAGACCCCGGAACCCGUGAUCGUGUCUUCGCCCGGGGGCGAGAUCUCGUCUGUGUGCAACAGCAUCUCGUCGACCAACUGGGCCGACUCUUCCUUGGACCUCAAGCAGCGCGAAGAACUGACCAAGGACGAGCAAGAACUGUUGUCGGAGCUCGAGAACCCGCAGAUCGUCUUGGAAACUGACCCCGUCCUGUCGCAAUUUCACCGCUCCAUGUCCUUGCCGAGGAACAACAAUCAUCGCAAGAAUAACACUUGGCAGCAUCAGCAACCCGUGAAGAUGAAUCCUGGUCAACAACAACAUCAGCAGUUGGGACAUCCUGGUUCUGGGCGAACGCAUGAGUUGAAUGGAAGGGCUUUCGAAGAGCAGUUGUCGCAACGUCGUCAGGAGAUGGCGCGGCAUUUGCGCCAAUACCCGAGACUGCGACGGAAGCACCACACCGUGUCGAGUAGUCAGCCCAUCACCCUGGAAAACACCCCGCACUUUUCCAAAAAGAAGAACCCGGCUGCUGGAGGAAAGUGGGCAGAUGACCUAGACAUGGAGCGUGCCUUGAGAAGCCCCCACAACCGCCUCAGCACGCCAGAUGUCGUUCGUUCCACCAUCACCAAGAAGAAGGAGCUCAGGUAUAAUGAAGAGACUAUUGACACGAUCCUGAGUAAGCCGAGGAAAAUCAACAUUCCCGAGAGAUACGUACCUGAGAACGGGUCGUCCACCAAGACGCCGGGAAUGGCGUCCCGAACAAGUACAACGACGGAGGAAAACGGCCACGACGGCACACUCAUGAAGGCCAAGGUUGAGGCGGAGAAACGCCGUCGCGAGCACAUGCUCGCCUUGAACCAAGCCCUGGCCAAGGAAGUGAUUGAGAGAACGAAAAUCGUUGCCGCUCGCCGCAUGAGUUGUCCGAGUCCCCAAGGAAGCAGCUCUGAUGAUGAUCAGGAAGAAGGUUCUUGUUGACCACCUCCGG